AUGUCGAAUUCCGAAUUCCGCGAAGUCUCAGAAGAUCCCUUCGAAAAUCCUCUUCGUAAAUUCAUCCGCUGGCUAAGGAGCGAUGAUUUUCGAGGCCUUUGUCUUUGCUUCGCGUUUUCUUCCUUUGUUUUGACGAUCGCGAUGAUUUUUGAGGCAAAUCUGGGAAAAGGUCCGAUCAAGCAACACGGAGUCGUAGCCAGCUCGAAUUCUGCUUGUUCGAAAUUCGGAAGCGAUCAUUUGAAAUUCACCAGGAAUAGUUACGACGCUGCGAUUUUGACGAGUUUGUGUCUUUUGGCGACGAAUCCGGAGCAAGUUUCUCUCGGUGGCGGUGGAAUGGCGUCCAUGCUUUUCAUCAACUCUUCUCGACCAACCGAAUAUCUUGAUUUUACGGGAAGAGGAGAGGACAAGGCGAUUCCUGGUUUUAUGGCUGGCAUGCUUUAUCUGAAGGACCGGGUUGUCUUUUUGGUUGAUCUAUUCGAAGACUAG